AAGAGGGCUUUGAAAACCCUCGCUUCGUCUUUCUCUUUCCACUCGUAGCCGACAUACGUUUGAAGAGGAGUCUCCCAGUCUUCCCACCCGAGAAUCCAACAGAAAAAAAAAAAAAAAAAACUGCGAGAUCGCUCGGCUCUGUUGUUCUUUUCCUAUCUUUCUUGUGCUCCGGCCGUCACCGAAAUUCGGAAUAAAUUCGACUUUAGUCGGCGAGUGAGUUACCUCACCGCCGGCGACGAACCGACGCGGACGUUAAGCUUCUUUGUUUAAUUAAAUUCAUUGUCCCCAGGCCCCACUGAGAUCGCAGAAUCGGUAGGGUCUGGGUCACAGACAAUGGGAGUUGAAAUUAUGAACGUGGAAGCAGAAUUUCAUGAAAUGGAAGAAGCUGUUUUGAGCGAUAAGGACGUGGACUUCCAUGUCCGGGACAUUCUUAAAUCAGUAUCAUUGGGAGAUUGUGAUAUGUAUAACCAGCUUGUUGCAGUUAUGCACCGCAAGAAACGUGUUGCUCCUGAUGAGGUGGCCCUACUUGUGGCAAGUUUGAAGUCACUUGAUGAAGCAGUAUCAUGUAUAGAUGAUCAGCAUGGUUCACUUCUUGCUUCUAUAUUGGGAAUGAACUUGUGGAAUCAUGGGUCUGAUGUGAUGGAUGCUUUGCUUGACCUAAUUGUUAAUUUGGCCACUACAAGUGGAAAAUAUGUUGAUUUAUGUUUGGAGAUGCUUGUGGGAAAUUUCACACCACCUUCUUCAUUUAUAAAUAUUUUGAACCAUCCACGUGGUAUUACAAAAAAGGAACAGGUUCUAUCUCGUGUUCAUUCAACUCUAGGACGUAUAACUAACUUGGUGCCUCUUGCUACCCUGAGAUUGUCGACACUAGUAAUCCAGAAAAAGCCAUCCCACUUUUCUAAGGAAUUUAUUCUUGCUAUGUAUGUGGAGAACAUGUUGAGGUUGGAAAGUGGUGAUCUUGGUGAAUAUGUUCGGAGCGCAAUGCUUUCCAGCGUGGUGGAUUUACUGAUAGAUUUGGAUUUGGAGAUUGGAUGGGAUGAUAUCUUACAUGAUGACUCUAGUAAGGGCAUAUUUAAGAUGGAGCUAGAAGAUAUUGAUGAAACUACAGAUGAUGAAUUGAAGGGUGAUAUUGAGCUUCCAAGAGAACUAAGUCGAAAGAGCUUAGGGAGAAAUGAGCAUGCUGAAAAAUUGGAUAGCUUGAUGGUUCUAACUUUUGAGUAUCUUGAAUCCUGUGAAGCUGGUGGCCGCUUAACUAAGGUCUUCGAGGUUCUUCUCCAAUCAUUUCAGAAGACUAUUCUACCAGCAUAUAAGUCAAAAUUUGCCCAGUUUGUAAUAUUCUAUUCCUGUGCCUUAGAUCCUGAUAAUUGUGGCUUCCGGUUUGCCAAUAUGCUUGCUGAUAUUUUUUUUUGUAAUGUCCGCCCCCAAUUUGAGAGGAUGAUGGCUGUUGCUUAUCUUGCUAGUUAUUUGUCUCGUGGAAGGUUUCUGUCAACCUCGGUCGUUGUUGAUAUGUUGAAAAGGUUGGUUGGUUGGUGUUUGGAUUACUGCCGCAUGCAGGAAGGUGAAGGAAGGCCAAAUGCUCAUAAUGUUUUCUAUUCUGGAUGCCAGGCUAUAAUGUAUGUGCUGUGCUUUCGUAUGAGAUCAUUUGUGGAUGUUCUUCAACUCAAAUCUCAGCUCUUUGUGAUCUUGACACAUCAGUUGAGCCCUUUGAAGGUUUGUCUGCCAACUGUAGUAAUGGAGUUCUUAAGACAGGCAAAAGCAGCAAGUUUAUUCACUAUUUCUGAGAACUUUGAUUUUGAUGACUACCUGGAAUCCGAAUUGUCAAGGGCUUUUGGUGGGAUGGAAAGGCUGGACAUGUUCUUCCCAUUUGACCCAUGUUUGCUGAAGAGAAGUGACAGAUACCUACGGCCGCACUUCGUGUACUGGUCAAUGGUCAGACCCACGUAUGAUGAUGAUGAUGAAGAAGGAAGCGGUGAUGAUGAUGAGGAUAUGGCCAAAAGCUUUCAAGAAUUUGAUCUUGAUGAGUUUGACGGUGCAUUGAACAAAAUGUCCAUCACCCCGAAAAUGUCUACGCGAAUGCCCUCAAGAAUCCGGCCGUCCACAAGUCCGGAGUCUUUGUGAUUCUAAAGCCUGUGCCAAUCGUUGUUUGUAUGGGAGAUACGAUUAAAUGAAGAUGGAAGAUCUCCAUUGUUCAUAUGGUUUUAAAAAAAAAAAAAAAAACUCAGUUUUUUGGCCAACAUGCUGUCGUAGCACGGUUCUCCGUGAAGGGACGAGGCCGUGCUGAAGAUGGCUGAUGGUGGAGUUUUGCCUCUAGUUUUCCCCUUUUUUGUAUUAUUAUUUUAUUUUAUUUUUGUUUUUGUAUUAUUGUGAGGAUAUGAUACCCAUCCUACUUACUAUAUGGAAUUAAUUAAUUUAAAGUGUAGAAACAUAAAAUCUAUAAUAUUCUGUAAUAGUUGCUUUUGCAAAAUCAUAUGUAGUAUUAUUAUUAUUAUUAUUAUUUUAAUGAAUGAAAUCAUAUUUUUGUUAA